AUGUACGACACUCAUAAUCCUGGAUUUUGCUACCAUUGCACGGGUGUCAUUAAAAAAAGCAGUCAGAUAAUCGAACAAGAGCAAGUGCCGAAAGAUUCGUACGAAUUCGUGCGUUCGAUAGUGUUCACCAAAGGAGAGGUAGAUCCCGACAAAGUUCUUUGCCUCCAUUUGUUGACCGCCCAUAGUACCAAGUGGAAAGACAACGAUGAUUCCAUCGUCAGGCCUAUUACAUCUUUAUUGGAGAAAGCUAAGAACAAACAUUUCUCUGGUGCGUGGAACAACAUCAUACCCUGUUACGUAGUGGAUACUCAAAUAGUUUCAUCGAACACAAAACUUCACGAAGAUCCACGGAAGAAAAUUCUGGAGGAUCAGGCGAUUCGAAACUUUGAGGAAAAAUAUAAACAAUAUAUGGAGAACGAUGCUGACUAUGAGAAAGUUUUGUCAUCCAACGCUAAAUGUAGAAGAAUAAUGCCAGGCCUUGAAAAAAUGCCUUCGAUUUCGCCGCAUGUCUACUCUUUGCUUGGCGCCUCUCACGAAUUGCGAAUUAAACAAGCUCUUGCCGAAGGUGUAGUUAAAAAAAAAUUCGCUUCCUCAAAUAUUGAUUUAAACAGAUUGGACGAGAACAGUAUAUCUUUUCGUCUUGACGAUGAUGACGAUAUUUUAAGUAGAACAACAAUGAACUUAUCUACUAGAAAUUGGAGAUCGAUGCUUAGUCCGUCGAAAAGAUCUACGUUUGGUUCGUCAUACAAGACCGAUCAUGGAAUCACUAUGUUAAAAUCGAAACGGAGAAAGAAUAACGACAUCAUGCCUAAAGAGCUUGUUACCAUAAAAUCUAGUAUUAAAACGAUGAAAGAAGCUCCUUCGAAAACAUCGAGUAUCAAGUCUCAUUUUUAUAGUAUGUUUGGCAGUCGACCAUCGACCUAUUCUCUUCUUUCAGGCUCGAUGAAUCCAGAUAUGACUAAGAAGUGUAGAAAAUGCAUUUACUUGAAUGCUCCUAUUAAAAGUAUCGAACUUCGAAAUAAAGAUUACAAAGUCGUGCCGAUUCUUGUAAAUUAUCAGCUCCAAGCCUUAGUGCAAACUGUGUUCGAAGUUCUUGAACGCGUUAAUCCAGAAAAAUCAAAAAAAAUAAUUGAUACCGCAAGAGAUAGAGAGGAAAUAAAUAAAAUGCUUGUGCGUUCGGAAAUACAAAAUUUUAUUCAAUCUCUGUUGGGCCAAUCGUUAGUCAGCUCCCCAGAAAGUUUCGUACUUUCUGUAGCAACAAUGGUGGAUGAAAUAGAUCUUCGAUUCGAGGGAAUUCUAGAAAAGGAGAUAAUCGCGCUGACUCUAGAAAUGCCGUCACUUCCAUCUCUGGAUGCUCUAAUUACCGAGAUACGAAAUAACAUUUUUUUUGAAAAUAAGAAGAAACUUGAUCAAACUGGAAAUACCGGAAUGAUAUUUUCAGAUUUUAAUACAGAAAAGAUUGAAAAUAAAAAUUUUAAAACGAACAAUAAAAAUCAUCGCCACUUCGAUAACAAAAUUAAAAAAAGAAAAAAUAUACGAAUCUCGGAGACAAAAAUGGGAAAUAGCUUGAGAGAAAACUCGAAGAUAAAAGCAGCCGAACAACGAAGAAUUUCAGGAAAUAUUCUCACUAAACGUACCUCGAAUUCCAAAACUUGGAAAACUGCCCAAGAUCUUAGUCAUUUAGACGCAAAUCAUGUAAUAUUGCAAAGAAUGACGAACACUCAGAGAAUCUUAGUAGGACAAAUGUGUGCUUCUCUUAAAACCAAGAAAAUUAAUAAUGAAGGUUUAAUUAAUCAAAGAGUGCCGCUAGCGGCAUUAAUUGCUCCAGCUCUCUCACGCGAUAGUAUUAAAUUGUUAACACAAGGUACAACAUAUACAAACAAGAAUAUCAUGAAUGAAGAAGAUGAUAUAGAAGACAAUGUCAUAGUUCCGGAUAAGUUAAGUGGUCCUUUACUUGCAAAGAUACGACAAGAUAUAGCAGAAAAUGAAACAAAACGACGUUUGAAAUUUUUCCUAAAAAGUGAAAUUAAAAAUCUAAAAUAAUAUAAAAAUAAUUAAUCUUUUCGAUUAAUUAAUUACUUAAUUACAUAUUAAAAAUCUGUAAUCAUUUAUCGACUGUUAAUAAAAAUAAAAUUCAUACAUAUUUAUAAAUAUCAUAAGUAGAUGGCGUAGGAGU